GGCAAGUCCCCUUCUGAUGAAGCUAAAGGAAAGAAAUCUACAAGAUGGGAUAUUUCAUUCCGAUCUCUUGUCAUAGUUCCACACUUUUGUGGACGAUUCUUGCACUUGGAAUGAAAUGGAUAGAAGAGGCCCUGAGUUGCCCCACAGAAUGUACUUGUAACAAGUGGGAAGUGAACUGCACAGGAAAAAAAUUACACAACUUUCCAACCACAAUUCCUCUGACUACCAAAAAACUAAUUCUAGCACAGAAUAAUCUAACCAAUUUACCACUAUUAACCAUGAGUUAUAUCAAUGAACUAGUCCACCUCGAUUGCAGCCACAAUCUGAUAACAAUGGACUUGGAUUUCAGCUUUCCAGGAUUAGUCAAACUGACAUAUUUGGAUCUCAGUUUCAACAAGCUCUCUCACAUAACAUCCUUCACUUUUUCACAACUGAGUGAGCUGCUGCUCUUAAAUCUCUCUGGCAAUCCAUUGAUGGUGCAGAUUAUGGAACGGGCCUUUGAAAAGAACAGUCUUCUAAGAUAUAUAGAUGUGAGGGAUUGUGGCUUGUCUUACCUCAGUGCUGAAACAUUUCAAAAACUGUACAGACUUCGUAUUUUGGGAAUAAAAGGUAACCCCUGGAAUUGUGACUGCAAAUUUCUGACAUUCUCCAACUGGCUAACAAAUACUGAUAUUAAGUCCCCAGAUUUUGAGAAUACCACUUGCAGUAAACCAGAAAAAAUGCAGGGUCUUUCUCUCAUCAAGGCAAAAUUGGAGCUCCAUUACCUGUGCCUUCUGCACUUACAACUAGAAGAUUUCAUAUACAUCUGUCUAUUAACCUUCUGUGUCUUCUUGGGAGGAACUCUAGUGGCAUGGCUGGUUGGGUUUGGCACAGUGAUGUAUUACCAUCCUGUAAUGAGACUAUAUGAUGAACCAGAGGAUGAAGAGUACAGAAUGAUUUAACUUAUUGUUUUGGAGCUCUUCCAAGUGUCAACACCUAAUGUAGAUGCACCAAUAUUUUAGUCCCUUUGUUUCAUUGCAAAAUUCUUUAGUUGAAGUUUAAUUCUUUAACUCAUUUCAAGAGAAAGAUUUCAUUUUAUUUCAUUAUGAAUAAAAAUACCACCUUGAGGUAGGAAAUAGAAUGAUCGAAAAAGAGGAAUAUAUAUAUAUCAGAGAAACAAAAAUUUCUAAUGUGGAUGUAUGGGUGUGUCUUCCAAAAAUGAAAUAUUCCCAAGAAAAUGUAGAAGUAACAGAAUAGAGGGCAAGCAAGAAAAACCUCCUUUUUAUGUGAUUGGCUAUAAAAAGUUUGUCUCUGAACAGAGAUUUUGGUAGGAAUAAGCAAAAGCAGUCACUCAGGCCUCACUCAUGAAAACUGCACAAUGGAAAGAAUCCGAAAGAUUUUUUUUUUUUCCCAGUACUGGCAUUAAGAGAAGUUGAAAACAAUUACCCCCUCUCCUUUUUUUAAGCAUUUUGAGUUUCAGCCCAAGUCCAUUUCAACUGAAAAAAACAAUUAAUGUAAUGGAAAUGUGGUAAGAACGCAUGCCCCUCCCAAAUCCUUUUUACUAUGCCCCCCAAUCACAAGAAUAAAGCUCAGGAAAAGAAAUACUGAAACAAUGUUUCACUCAUGAACUUGAGCAAUCCUGGUCAUUGAGAAAACUGGAAACAUUGACUCAAGCCUACCUAUUCACUAAAGGAGGCAUGCUAGAGGCAACAGACAGAUUAAAGAUAACAGGAUAAAAUCAAUUACAUUUGCUUGACAGGAUUAAGACCAAGGGAAGCUGAUACUUAAGACCUAUCACAAGCCUUGUGAAGUAAAAUCAAUCAAAUAAUAAAAGCACACAAAGCAAGCCUCAAAAUUACAAAAUAUUGUAAACUGUAUAAAAAUCCUUGCUCUCAUCAAGCUAAUUUGUCAGCCACCUCAGAAACAUGCUGCUGCCAUUUUAG